UGGCCCGCUUACGUCUCAUCUGACAUUACGUCAAACAUGUAAAUUAUUUGUACAAUUAUUCUUCCAAGCCCUACGAUGGAUUUCAACGUUUAUCGUUCGGAUUCCGAUUUGAACGUGCCGAAAAAUCACGACAUCAUCAUCUUGCACGAUCGCAUCGCCAGAAGGAGGGAGGAUAGGUACAUCGUCAAUUUCGCCCAAUGCCUGGAGACCUCCGGAUACCAGGUCACGGUGGUCACCUCGGAAGUGGACGAGAAGAACAACUGCCUGGAUGACAUCAAGCUGGCCGGAAACAUAAAGAUCGAGAAACGCGUAUGGUGGAUACCCAGGCACAUAUUCGGCUUCCUCAAAUCCACCCUCACCACCUACAGAGGCCUGUGCCUCGCCCUCAGCCUCAUCCUGAAGAGGCCAUCUUCGAAACCCUGCGUCGUCCUCAUGGACGUCGACCUGAUCGCCCUGUUCGCCCUCAAGAUGCUCAGCAGACACAAGGUCUUCUACAUCGAGCAGUUCCGCAGCCUGAGGAACCCUGAGGCCUGCUACGACCACGCCCGGCUGAUCCCCAACCUCUUCGAGGCCAGAUGGGUCAAGUUGGCCGACGAGGUGAUCGUGGAAUCGCCAGCUUUCGUAGAUAUCUUCAAGAGGAGCUUCCCGACGGCCGUGGAGCCCAAAGUUAUGAUUCCUCUGGUGGACUACGGGCUCUGGAUCGAGCCUGGCAUCAACAUAAACCGCAUAAUUCCGGAUCUGUCGGAUAAAUCCGUGCUGUUCGUGGCUCUGGGGAAGUUCAGGAGGAACUCGAACUUCAAACUGGUCUUGGACGCCUUCGAAGACAUGAUGCGUAUGUCGGACGAUGCUUAUUUCAAGCAGAGGGCUCAUCUGAUCAUCGCAGGUAACUGCAGGGUGGUGGACGAGAGAAAGUAUUACCAGAUGUUCGUGGAGAGGUUGAAGAGACGUUGGUUCGCAGCUCAGGUGACGGUUCUCAGACAGAUCCCCACCAUUCACACCAAGACCCUGCUGAUUGAGGCCAGCGUGGUGUUGCACACUUCCAGAAAUGACAUCUGCUCGGAUUACCUGCUGGAAGCGAUGAGUUUGGGUAAGCCCAUAGUGGCCUUGAACAAGGGGAUAGCCUCGAAGAUAUUGGAGAAUAGGAUAACUGGAGUUUUGGUGGAGCCUCAGCCCCAUCUCUUGGCGGCCGCCAUGAUGAAGGUGGCGUCUAGCCCGCAUAUCAAAAACUUCCUGGGGGAGAUGGCGAAGGAUGCCUUCAACCACAGAUACUCGUUUGACAGCUUCGCGAGGAGGAUUUUCAACCUCAUACAGAGGCAUGUGCAGCCCUUGGAGAAGAUUAUGGCUAGGGAUGUGACGGAGGGAAAAAGAUGAAUGUCUACGACGGAGGAAAAGUUGCGCGACUUGAAAUUAUUGUGAAUCUUAUACUACAUUUUAUCCUGUGCGAUUUUUAUUCGAAAUAAACUCAAAAAUGGAAUUA